ACUAGCUAAACGAAGAAUUACAAUACUCAUAGUUGAGCCAUGUUCGUUCUCAAAUUUAGAAAACUACAUCGACGUGAACGAGUAAACAGGAUGAAGAGCCACAAAUGAAGAGUUUGGUUUCAUUGCUAUUAUGUUUUAUUUAAUUCUUUUAAAUUAAGGUGAAGUAAUGCUGUUAACUUUGUAUAGAAGAAAAAGAAGUUAAAUUACAAAAAAAAAAAAAAAAGGUAAAUUAACAAAAUCUAUUAAACCAAAAAUUCCGUUAAAUAACAACUUAUAAAAAUAAAAAUAGAGAUAAAUUUUUAACAAACAAUAGAGAGCUGGUAAAAAAUAAAAAUAACAUAGAAAAAUGUGCACUAUUAAAAAAAAAUCUUUUUUUUUUGUCUGAAAAUUUAACAUGGUAUUUUUAAAAAACAAAUUGGACUUUUUAUCUUUAGAAAUCUGUUGAUCGUAGUGACCGGAAAAGUUAGGGCUGAAAGAGUGAGCCAUGGCCCAUGGGGGAGUAAACUGUAAAGAAAAGUAGUUUCUUUCCUAAUGAAUUGAACUGCUUCGGAAAGGUGUCUUCUGUUACAAAACAAACACUUUAGAAAGAAACCUGGUUCGACUGGAUUGGAUUCUGGAGGAGUUAGGGGAGAUGCGACGCCCACUGCUGUAAGCCGCCGCCGCCACCGCCACAGCUCGAAACGAAAGUCGAAACCAAGGCCAUUGGCCAUUGCCCAGACUGAGACAGAAACGAUAACCAUGUUUAAAAAUCUAUUACGACUAUUCACUUCCACUAUCAAUAAUUCUUCUCCAUUUUCUUCCACAACCAUCUCUUAUUUUAAUACCGUUCCCCCACUUCAGCUCUCUUCCCUUCUCAACCCUUCUUAUUCUUUGAUACCGUUGAUUUGUUUUUCUUGCAAACCCACUUCCGUAGUUUCUUCUUGUGCCACUCUUCGUUUUCUGAGAACCACUUCUUCCCAGAGUAUUAAGGAUACCAAUCAUGACCCUUUUCAAGGUGAAGCUAAUAAAGAGAGCGACCCCAAAGAUGGAUUGGACUCAUGGGAAGAGGGUUCUGCUACAGAUGAAGAAUGGGAAGAUGAGGAUGUGACUGAGCCUAAGGUUGGAGAUGGAGGAGAUGGUGGAGGGGUUGUAUUCCAUGAUGUGCCUUGGGGUGACAGGGUUUACUCCAUUGCCAAUGAGGUCUUGUCACAAUUCGGUGAUGACAUGAAACUCUUUGCUUUCAAGACCACUCCUCGUGGAUAUGUAUACGUGAGGCUGGAUAAACUAUCGAGCAAAUAUGGAUGUCCCAGCAUGGAGGAGCUUGAAGGCUACAGUCAGGAAUAUAAGAAGAGACUAGACGAAGUUGGAGAAAGUGGACAAAUACCUAAUGACUUAGCUUUAGAGGUAUCAUCUCCUGGUGCAGAGAGAUUAUUAAAGGUGCCGGAUGAUCUUGAUCGGUUCAAGGAUAUGCCGAUGCGAGUCUGCUACGUAGGGGGUGAAGAGUCUAAUUGCUCAGAAAAAAAUGGUACAUUUUUGCUGGAGUCCCUUGACAUGGAGACUUGCAUAUGGAAGUUGGCUGAUGUCAAGGAAAAUAGAGACCCUCUUAGCAAAGGUCGACCUUUAAGUCGUAAACAGAAGGAUUGGAGAUUGAAGUUGCCAUUUGGGAUGCAUAAAAGCAUAUCUUUGUACAUUGAGUACUGAAAUUUAAACUUUAUCAUGUCUUAUAGAAAUUACAAAGCUAGUUUUUUUUUUUUUUUGCUGUAGCUGUAGGAAGUAAAAAAAAUUGGGUGCCAAUUGCCAGUUUUUUCUCUGCUGCAUUUGGUCUCCUACUUGGAGUUUUGUAGCUAAGCUGAUGAAAUUAUGCUUUCAAGGACCUAUAUCAAUUCAAUGGAUUUGCAGAACCUCAUACCAUGUUUAAGACUUUCCUUAUUUUAAUGGAUAUUCCAUAUCUUAUUCCA